GCUGCUAACAUGCUCAAAUAUUUACCUGUAAAAGAUAAAGUACGUGAUAAAUUGCCCAUGCACAUAUCAGCUGUAUGACAUGCUAGUUCUGCAAGAGCUUUUUACAUAAAAAUGUUCCCCAGGAUUAGUUCCUCAUAAAAUGGUGAUAAAAACCUUAACAGUUCAAAAUCUGUAGUAGAUGUAGAGGUGACAUGUAUAUAUCUUUAUGAAUUUUUUUUCUUUCCAUUUUUCUCAAUUAUUAUUUAAGCUGCAAAAUUCUCUAUUGACCUCUAUUUCUGGACUGCAUUCUGAAACACAAAUCUGUAUGAUAAUUUCCUGAACAAAAGAAUUUCUUUCUGGAAAUGAAGUUUUUACAUUGCAGUCUUGUAGUGAUUGUGAACUCGAAGGUAUUUUCAUGAACCUUAAACCUUCUUAGUUUUUACCAUAGUAACUAGAAGCUUGACCAUCUGAAUUCAACAACUGCUUUUUUGGUGCUUGUGCAUACUGAGAUUCAAUGCUGAUGUGUUCAUUGAUAUUAAUUCCAAGUUAAAAUCAGUGACAGGAUUGAAUGAGAAUACUGACAGAAACAGGAUAUUGGUUGUGUCCAGGAAGGAAACUGAGAGAAGGACAUGGAAUUGUAAGUUCUCAGCAUGCUGUACUUCUAGUGUUGGAAUUGCAAUCCAUACUUCAGAUGGUGAAGACAAAUUUUUUUGCGCCAUGUUGAAGACUAGUGAAACAGUGCAGCAAGGUUAUUGUUCACAUCACUGUUCAUGUCCAGUUCAGUUUCAUUAAGUUGCUGAGAAGUUUCUUUGUUGAUUUUCAAAUGUGAUCUUCUUGUAUCUUUGAUGUUAAGUGUUUCAUCUCAGUUUAUGGCUUUACUUUAAUUCUAUCCAUGUAACAUGCUUCUUGUUUUGGGGUUUAUGUAUUAUUAUUCGAAGGUAUUAGGUGAAUGUAAAAGACUAGUACAUACAAAACAAGUCUGUAUUGAUGAAAAACGUCUGGAAAUCAAUGGAAAAACCUGAG